AUGGUAAGCAAUCCAGUCCAGCCUCUGAAGCCAUCGAAUGAAAAGGAAGACAAGGGUUUGGUUUUCGACUCAUCGGUUCUUCAACACGAAUCUAACAUUCCAUCGCAGUUCAUUUGGCCGGACCACGAAAAGCCAGGCUCCGAUGCACCAGAACUUGAAGUACCACCAAUUGACUUGAAAGGCUUUCUCAGUGGAGACAGCCUGGCAAUCUCAAAUGCAUCUUGGUUGGUCAAUGAGGCAUGCAGGAAACAUGGUUUCUUUCAUGUUGUCAACCAUGGAGUCGAUCCCCAGCUUAUUGAGGAAGCUCACAAGUACAUGGACUUGUUCUUCGGUAUGGCACUUUCAGAGAAGCAAAAAGCUCAGAGGAAGAUUGGUGAGCAUUGUGGAUAUGCUAGUAGCUUCACUGGGAGGUUCACCUCCAAACUUCCAUGGAAAGAAACACUUUCUCUCCGAUACUGCCCUGAUGAGCAGUCCUCAAACAUUGUUGAGGAUUAUAUUGUCAAUGUAUUGGGUGAAGAUUUCAGACCAUUUGGGAAGGUGUACCAGGAGUAUUGUGAAGCCAUGAACACGCUCGCUCUUCAAAUCAUGGAGCUAUUUGGAGUGAGCCUUGGUGUUGGAAAAGAGUACUUCAGAGAAUUCUACGAGAACAACGAUUCCAUAAUGCGAUUGAAUUACUAUCCAAAAUGUCAAAAACCGGAUGAAACACUGGGUACAGGGCCUCAUUGCGAUCCAACUUCCUUAACAAUCCUUCACCAGGAUCAAGUUGGCGGCCUUCAAGUACUUGUAGACGAUAAAUGGCACUCCAUAAUUCCUCUACAUAAUGCUUUUGUUGUCAACAUUGGUGAUACAUUCAUGGCUCUUUCAAAUGGAAUAUUCAAGAGUUGCUUGCAUAGAGCAGUGGUAAACAGCACCAGUGUGAGAAAAUCUCUUGCUUUCUUUCUGUGUCCAAACAAGGAGAAGGUUGUAAUCCCUCCCAGAAGUUUGGUCAAUUCCCCAAAUCCAAGAUUGUAUCCGGAUUUUACAUGGCCUACAUUGCUUGAAUUUACCCAAAAGCAUUACCGGGCAGACAUGACAACCUUGAUAGCUUUCAGCGACUGGAUUAAUAGACAGGAUCAAAUGAAAUCGGUUCUAUAA